UCCACGAAAAUAGAAAAUAGUUUUAUAGAUAACGCACAGUUAUGUGCGCAUGACAGAACCACGAAGAGGGAUAUAUUUUGUGGUACACAUUUCCUGUUUCCUAGCAACGAGCAGGAAGUAUGUGGAAUGGGAUGGAAGAAAAAAAUAAUCAAACAAGACUGGUCUUUUAGGAUUAUAAAUAACUUUGUGGUGAGUAAAAACAUAGUGCUGGAUUUAAAUACCAUACACUAGACAUUCCAGAACAUUUGGCUGGACGCAAGAAUCAAAUAGAUGCACUCAUGUUGUACCUGCAUCCAUUCUACCACAGAAAGUACAUUUUAAUAUUCAAUGGAGUGGUACUAAAUUGAUCCCAUUCUUGUGCAGUCUUCCUAUUUGGACUGUACAAUGAAUGUAAGCUUUUGUGAUAUGGAGGUGCUGGGAAUCUGAUGUAUUUCCCCCACAAUUAUCUCUGUCAAAUAUUUACAGUACUAUCCUGUAAUGGCUAUGCAAGAGCUUAGUAGGACUAAAGUCUUCCCUUGCAAACACUGUGGCAUAGUGUGCUCCAACAUGCCAAGCCUUCUGGAACACAUGGAUAGUCACUACCAGCAAGAAGAAGAUCGCAAGUUCAGGUGCAAUGAAUGUGGCCGAUGCUACAGGCAUGCAGGUAGCUUGGCUAACCACAAGAAAACACACGAGUUGGGUUCUUUUCAUUGUCCAAUAUGUGCUAGGAAGCUCUCAAACCCUCUGGCCCUGAAGAGCCACCUGCGCAUCCACACAUCACAGAAGAAGUACUCCUGCAUGGACUGUGGGAAGGCCUUUAGGUUAGCUACUCAGCUGGCCACCCAUCAAAGGGUCCAUCUCUCUGGGCAAUCAAAGAGGAGAGCCGGUUGGAGGGCCACUGUAGAAUAUUCUCCAAUUGAGAAUAGGGCUGAAAUUGAAGAUCAUGAUGACUUUGAAAAGCUGUCGAUCUUGGUGGCUGACCAGCAAGACACGGGGAUGGAUAUUGUGUCUGAUAAUAACCUUAGCCAAGAGGACGCAGAGGUUAUCCCCAACUCUGCAAAUUAUUGUGAAAACCUGGGCUUUGAAGCAGGAGAUCGACCUUUCAAAUGUGGUCAGUGUGAAAAGUCAUAUAGACACCAUGGAAGCCUGAUCAAUCAUAAGAAGUCUCACCAGGUAGUGCACUCAAACAUCCCUAUCUGUUUCAAGCAGUUCAAUAAUCUUGCUGCCCUCCAUAGUCACCAGAGAACUCACUACAAGUCCAAAAGUGGGCCAGACACCCAUUCCUUGGAAGUCACUUACGCAGGCAGAGCACCAGAGCAGUUUUCACCCCUGAACAGGGAUGCUCCAGUGCAUUUCUGUUACCUGUGUCAAGUGAUGUUUCCUAAUGAUGAUGAGUUCCAGGAACACAUCCAAAAGCAUAAUUCUUCCUCCAUGUCCUUUGGGCACAAUCAAGGUUUAUCUGAGGAUCAUCAUGACUCUUAUGACCUUAGUGUCACUCCUUCUCCUGACUCAAACUUUUAUUCACCACCUCUAAACAAUACUCCAUUGAUGGAUCAUCAAGGGGAGCAGAUAAAUGAUAUUCAUAUAUACUCUGACCACUCCAGUAACAACUCCACCUUGAAUACUCAGGGAGAGCCCCUAAUCUUGGAUCCAGAGAUUCCUGCUGACGAUCUAAGUAAAGCAGAAAAGUCCUCAGUUACAAUAAACGGUGAGCGCCGCUUCAAGUGCCAGGUCUGUGGCAAAAGCUACCGGCAUGCCGGGAGUCUCAUCAACCACAAGCGUUCUCAUCAGACAGGCAUUUACCAGUGUUCCAUCUGCCGCAAGACUUACCCACACAUGGCUGCCCUCCGCAGCCAUGUCCGCAUCCACAGGGCCCAUCCGUCCUCCUUUAGCCUCGGCUCUGAAGGAGACUGGCUCUCUUCUGAGCCCCUAACACUGGAGAACCAGCAGGCCUGCUUUUCCUCUCAGGAGGGAGAUGCUAGCAAUAUGAUGACUCUAGCUCAGGAGAACACAAGUGAACACGGCAUUGGAGGAUCAUGCCAUGUGCAGUUAGAUUCCGCCUUUCCCCAGGACAGAACUGUGCACCUACCUCACAACGAACGCCAGAUGGAGAGUCACAUGUGUGCAGACUGUGGCGAAACAUUUGCAGACAUCGCAGGAAUCAAAUUGCACAUAUGCCCCCUGCUACAACCGCAGCACGAGGCAAUGUCUAAUGACUAUGACAGUAACUUAACCUUCUUGGACACUAAUGGCCGAUGCACCAUGGGAAAUCCAGGAGAUCAUGUAGAGUUCCAGGGACUGAAUGGCAGCCCUAGACAAAGGUACUGUGGUGAACAUGACUUCCAUGAAGGCUUGAACGGGGAGCAGUUAAAUGGUGAUGGCAAAGAGGAGGAUGAAAAGGAUGAUGACGGAGAGCUCUAUCAGUGCUCAGCAUGUGGGAACCGCUACACAAGCAUGAGGGCUCUGAGGAGUCAUCUUCGUGGCCACACUCAAUCCCAUGGUACUCUUACAAGCUCCGGCCCCUCCUCCAUGUCCUCCCUAGAGGCUGAAAAAGAAGAGGACCCUGGAAAGAGACAUCAGAUGGAUGGGGGUCUGAUGAUCUGCAGUACUUGCGGAGAGAGUUUUGCCAAGAAGCAGGACAUGCUUUCCCAUCAGCUCAUACACAAUAAAGCACAGGCAGAUGAUGCUAAACACAUGCAUAUGGACAAUAGUAAUGGAACUAGGCACAAAGAGGAGGUGGACAGCGGCAUCUGUGGAAAUUGCGAUACAUUUUGCACCAGUUACCAUCAUCUUGAGACCCAUCAAUGUACAACAAAUGGGAAAAGUGAAUCUGCAAACGGUGUUGAAAAAAAUGAAAUGGGUGGCUCUGUCAACGGUAAAGAAUUAGGACACCUAAAAGAGAAUUUAAACAAUGGGGAUCGCCAGUACAAGUGUGAUCAGUGUGGAAGAGCAUACAGACAUGCUGGCUCCCUUCUCAACCAUAAAAAGUCCCACAAAACUGGAGUGUUCCGCUGCAUGGUUUGCCAGAAGCGCUUCUACAAUCUACUGGCCCUUAAGAACCAUCAGAGGACCCACUUUGAUGUUAAGAGACAUACUUGCAAUGAAUGUGGGAAGGCAUUCAAGAUACAGAAGCAACUAUUGAACCACCUAAGAUUUCACAAGGAGAACCAUGCCAAAAUACAGGCGCUCAACAACCAGAUUCAGGGCGUCAUGCAGAUGAAUGGCACGAGGUCAGAGGGGGGAAUGCGCUUGCUUAAUGCACCUGUCAAUCAAGCCACCACCACCCACAAAAAGGGUGGUGGUAGGCCAACCCCCAACAGAAAGAAUCCCAGUGUGGAGGAGGGGGCUCAGACUCGAGUCAAAUCAGUGGAAGCAGGCAACCCUCGCCCCUACCCCUGUGACCAAUGUGGGCGAACGUAUCGACACGCAGGAAGUCUGGUCAAUCACAAGAACUCUCACAAGACCGGUGAAUACUACUGCUCUGUUUGUAACAACACCUACUCCAACCAGCUGGCUAUGAAGAACCACCUGCGCAUCCACUUCUCAGUUAAAAAGCACACUUGUCAAGAGUGUGGUAAGGCCUUUAGGGGAACGAAGCAGUUGUCUAGCCAUAUUUGUGCACAUCUCAGAAAGGAUAUGCCAGGAGGGGUCAGGGGAAGAGGUCGCAGACGAGCAAGAAACGUUAAAUGUAAGCAGUGCAGACAGACGUUUAUAUCUGCUGACCAACGGACAGCCCAUACCUGUGGGUCACUGGCAAACUCAUCAGAGGGCAGUGAUGGACAAACGAGUAUGUCCUUGAAAAGGGAGGAGCGACCAUUUACCUGCAUCAUCUGCAAUCGCAGCUACCGCCACGCAGGCAGUCUCCUGAAUCAUAAAAACACUCAUAAGUCUGGCCACUUCAGCUGCACUUUCUGCUCCAAGCCCUUUUCUAACCCCAUGGCGUUACGCAACCACACACGAAUCCACACACAGAAGAAGAAGCAUGUCUGCCUGACCUGCGGGAAGGCGUUUCGGUUGGCCAAUAUCCUUCAUAACCACCAGAAGGUCCACACCAGGGUGGCCAACCACUUCAGCUGCCCAGAAUGUGGCAAGACCUUCCAGGGCAAGUCUGGGCUGAAGAGGCACCGCUGCCGGGGGGGUCAGGAUGACUCGGCGAGAGCUUGUGACCGCUAUCACAGAGAGAGUGGAGACAAGUGCUUCACGUGUGACCUCUGUGGACGCUCAUACCACCAUGCUGGCUCCCUGCUCAACCAUAAAAAGACGCACUCAGAAAACCUCCACCACUGUACCUUGUGCCUCCAGACUUUCCCUGACCUCCUCACCCUCCAGAUCCACUCCCAGAUGAAGCGCCACUGCUGUCCAGACUGUGGCAAGACCUUCUGUCUCAUCUCACACCUGCAGAACCACAUGGAGGUUCACUCCAAGGACCGCACCCUGGUCUGCAGCCCCUGCCAUCAGAGCUUCCCCAACCCAGCCAGGUACCAACAACACCAGGAACUGCACCACCGGGCCCAAGGGCAUUAUCAACAGCACAACAUGCAAAUGGAGGAUGACCUAAGCUGGGAAUCGGGACUAGACCAAACCAUGGAGCUCCAAGGCAUCCCCAAGCUGGUCCCGGCGUUUGCCCACAUGCACGAUGGCAUGCCCAACCAGCAGGAGAGCAACGAGGUGCCCUGUAUAGGGGAGAAGAGCCACGUGUGUGAGCACUGCGGCCGCACCUACCGCCAUGCAGGUUCCCUCCUCAACCACAAGAACAGUCACAAGACCGGCGCCUUCUUCUGCUCCGUGUGCCAGAAGGAGUUCACCAACCUGAUGGCGCUGAAGAACCACCGGCGCAUCCACACGGAGCCCAAGCGCUACCAGUGCCUGGAGUGCGGCAAGGCCUUCCGCGUGUCCACCCAGCUCAUCUGCCAUCGGAGGAUCCACACCAAAGAGAAGCCCUUCUCCUGCCUGCUGUGCGAAAAGCGCUUCUCCAGCAAGUCAAACCUGCGCCACCACCAGAAGAUGCACCAGAGUGGUGGCCAGGACUACGAGUCCUCCUUCGGCAUGGAUACUAACAGUUUUAUGGACUUGGACAUGGGCUCUUUUCUCUGAGUUAGGACUCCGUGUCAAAUGCUUAUUAUAUUAUUCUCCCCAUUCACUGGACCCCUAUCGGUAAUUGUAAAGUGGCGUGUUCCACAAAGCCCCAGUAGAGACAGCGUUUACUCUUGAUGUUGAACUCUUCAAAGCUGCCUCACAAACAUUUCAUUUUUCUGAUUAUGCUUUGGUCAUACACUUUUGGAGGGGUCGAAGGAUUUCUUAUCUCUAGCAGGGAUUGUGGCACUGUUAAACUUCCCAGAUGGGCACAGGCGACAGUGUCUGUCAAAUCUUUAAGAUUAUUUUUGCAUGGAGUGCACAUUGUCAUUGAAUCGUUUAACGCUAUAGGAGUGACAACUAUUGGACCUCCUUCCAUACUGACUGUAUCAAUGUCCUCACAAGGUAGACAGUCAAUUUCCCAACCAAAGUGAACCGAUGUGACAGAACUGUUUCAGCCCAGUUCCUGCAUUUGAGAUUGAUUUAUACAAUGACUCAUAUUUUUAUGAGAAAAGUGCUGUUCUGAAAUUGUAAUUUCCUCUCGCUAUCUAUUACUGUGUUCAGUGCCUCCGUCGGUUCAAUUCUCUGCCCAGCUUAUCAAAAGUGAGGGCUGUUCUCAAUAUUUUGCCAUAGGUUAGAGAAAAGUGAUCAAUUUGACCAUUUCUGAUGUGGCUUCAAUAAGCAUGAUCUCCUAGUCUUACCCAGAGGAUGAUAUCAAAUGUAUUUACUGAAAUCAUGUAAUCAAGUUGGUGGUAAUCAAAUGGUUUUAGUGAUGGUGAUAUUUGGGUACACCCUUUGAGUGACAUUUGUAUGCUAAAUGGGCAUAUUUAAUUAUUUAUUCCUGUUCUUUUGACUUAUUUUAAAAUGUUCUGUGUGUACUUUGAUAUAUCAUUUUCUAUGAAUGUUACCUUGACUCUUAAGAAAUAUCCUAUGUAGCAUUUAAGGGAAUUCCUCAAUCUGUAAUUCCAUUCUCAAUUGGUGCGACUCCAACACAGGUAGGAAUGCAUUAGCCAAGGACAGUGGUCUUGCCAGCACUGUGGUUUUGCCACAUUAAAAUGUCUGAUGUGCAAAGCAUUGUAGAUAAUUAUCCAUGUCUGAAUUGGGCAUUACUUUAUUUUUACAGGUGCCAUUUCUCACCCAUGUCUUGUUCAAAUAAGAAUUGUAGCUUUUCUUGUCCAUAAUCACCCUUGACAAUUUUUGAGAAAUUUUGCAAACCCUUUACAAUACAAUAACACAUUCUCAAACUUUCAAAGGUAAACUCAGCAAAAAAUGAAACAUCCUCACUGUCAACUACAGUUAUUUUCAGCAAACAUAACAAGAUUCAACAACUGAAACAUAAACUGAACAAGUUCCACAGACAUGUGGUUAACAGAAAUGGAAUAAUGUGUCCCUGAACAAAGGGGGGUCAAAACUAACAGUCAGUAUCUGCUGUGGCCACCAGCUGCAUUAAGUACUGCAGGUCAUCUCCUCAUGGACUGCACCAGAUUUGCAGUUCUUGCUAUGAGAUGUUUCCCCGCACUUCCACCAAGGCACCUGCAAGUUCCCAGACAUUUCUGGGGGGAAUGGUCGUAGCCCUCACCCUCCAAUCCAACAGGUCCCAGACGCGCUCAAUGGGAUUGAGAUCUGGGCUCUUUGCUGGCCAUGGCAGAACACUGACAUUCCUGUCUUGCAGGAAAUCACGCACGGAACGAGCUGGUGGCAUUGUCAUGCUGGAGGGUCAUGUCAGGAUGGGCCCACAGGAAGGGUACCACAUGAGGGAGGAGGAUGUCUUCCCUGUAAGGCACAGCGUUGAGAUUGCCUGCAAUGACGACAAGCUCAGUCCGGUAAUGCUGUGACACACCGCCCAGACCAUGACGGACCCUCCACCUCCAAAUCGAUCCCACUCCAGAGUACAGGCCCAUAGGCGACGUUGCUGCCGGUGAUGUCUGGUGAGGACCUGGCUUACAAGCACUCAGUCCAGCCUCUCUGUCUAUUGCGAACAAUCUGAGCACUAAUGGAGGGAUUGUGCGUUCCUGGUGUAACUCGGGCAGUUGUUGUUGCCAUCCUGUACCUGUCCCGCAGGUGUGGUGUUCGGAUGUACCGAUCCUGUGCAGGUGUUCCACGUGGUCUGCCACUGCGAGUACGAUCAGCUGUCCGUCCUGUCUCCAUGUAGCGCUGUCUUAGGCGUCUCAUAGUACGGACUUUGCAGUUUAUUGCCCUGGCCACAUCUGCAGUCCUCAUGCCUAAGGCACGUUCACGCAGAUGAGCAGGGACCCUGGGCAUCUAUUUUUUUGUGUUUUUCAGAGUCCGUAGAAAGGCCUCUUUAGUGUCCUAAGUUUUCUUAACUGUGACCUUAAUUGUCUACCGUCUGUAAGCUGUUAUCAAAUUUUAUUUGUCAAAUACACAUGGUUAGCAGAUGUUAAUGCGAGUGUAGCGAAAUGCUUUGUGCUUCUAGUUCCGACAAUGCAGUAAUAACCAACAAGUAAUCUAACUAACAAUUCCAAAACUACUGUCUUAUACACAAGUGUAAGGGGAUAAAGAAUAUGUACAUAAAGAUAUAUGAAUGAGUGAUGGUACAGAGCAGCAUAGGCAAGAUACAGUAGAUGGUAUCGAGUACAGUAUAUACAUAUGAGAUGAGUAUGUAAACAAAGUGGCAUAGUUAAAGUGGCUAGUGAUACAUGUAUUACAUAAAGAUGCAGUGGAUGAUAUAGAGUACAGUAUAUACGUAUACAUAUGAGAUGAAUAAUGUAGGGUAUGUAAACAUUAGGUAGCAUUGUUUAAAGUGGCUAGUGAUAUAUUUUACAACAUUUCCCAUCAGUUCCCAUUAUUAAAGUGGCUGGAGUUGAGUCAGUGUGUUGGCAGCAGCCACUCAAUGUUAGUGGUUGCUGUUUUAACAGUCUGAUGGCCUUGAGAUAGAAGCUGUUUUUCAGUCUCUCGGUCCCAGCUUUGAUGCACCUGUACUAACCUCGCCUUCUGGAUGAUAGCGGAGUGAACAGAGUGAACAGGCAGUGGCCCGGGUGGUUGUUGUCCUUGAUGAUCUUUAUGGCCUUCCUGUAACAUCGGGUGGUGUAGGUGUCCUGGAGGGCAGGUAGUUUGCCCCCGGUGAUGCGUUGUGCAGACCUCACUACCCUCUGGAGAGCCUUACGGUUGUGGGCGGAGCAGUUGCUGUACCAGGCGGUGAUACAGCCCGCCAGGAUGCUCUCAAUUGUGCAUCUGUAGAAGUUUGUGAGUGCUUUUGGUGACAAGCUGAAUUUCUUAAGCCUCCUGAGGUUGAAGAGGCGCUGUUGCGCCUUCUUCACGAUGCUGUCUGUGUGGGUGGACCAAUUCAGUUUGUCUGUGAUGUGUAUGCCGAGGAACUUAACUUACUACCCUCUCCACUACUGUUCCAUCGAUGUGGAUAGGGGGGUGUUCCCUCUGCUGUUUCCUGAAGUCCACAAUCAUCUCCUUAGUUUUGUUGAGUGUGAGGUUAUUUUCCUGACACCACACUCCGAGUGCCCUCACCUCCUCCCUGUAGGCCGUCUCGUCGUUGUUGGUAAUCAAGCCUACCACUGUUGUCGUCCGCAAACUUGAUGAUUGAGUUGGAGGCGUGCGUGGCCACGCAGUCGUGGGUGAACAGGGAGUACAGGAGAGGGCUCAGAACGCACCCUUGUGGGGCCCCAGUGUUGAGGAUCAGCGGGGUGGAGAUGUUGUUGCCUACCCUCACCACCUGGGGGCGGCCCGUCAGGAAGUCCAGUACCCAGUUGCACAGGGCGGGGUCGAGACCUAGGGUGUUAAAUGCCGAGCUGUAGUCGAUGAACAGCAUUCUCUCAUUCUCACAUGUUAGUGUCUUAACGACCGUUCCACAGGUGCAUGUUCAUUAAUUGUUUAUGGUUCAUUGAACAAGCUUGGGAAACAGUGUUUAAACCCUUUACAAUGAAGAUCUGUAAAGUUAUUAGGAUUUUUACAAAUUAUCUUUGAAAGACAGGAGCCUGAAAAGGGGACGUUUCUUCUUUUUUUUUGCUGAGUUUGUUUGCGUGUCAGUCCGGCAAAAGUCAAAAGUGUAGAAUUAUCGUGUUGUGAACAGUUAGCGUACUUAUAUUUAUAAAGUAUUUAUUUCUGUCUAUAUUUGAAUGGUUAUUGUAUUUCUGUUAAUGUGUCAAGGACACAAGUUUCAGUGUUCAAACUUGUCAACAUCCAGUUGGUUGCUUCAACCAUGUUGGCAGCAGUGUGUAUCCAGGAGCAAAUGUUGAUCACCACUAUUUGAGAAAUGGUUUGGGGUCUUUGGAAAAAGCAAUUUGUGUUCAUAUAACCUUUCCAUAAAAGUGCAAUUACAGUGCCUUGCGAAAGUAUUCGGCACCCUUGAACUUUGCGACCUUUUGCCACAUUUCAGGCUUCAAACAUAAAGAUAUAAAACUUUUUUUGUGAAGAAUCAACAACAAGUGGGACACAAUCUUGAAGUGGAACGACAUUUAUUGGAUAUUUCAAACUUUUUUAACAAAUCAAAAACUGAAAAAUUGGGUGUGCAAAAUUAUUCAGCCCCCUUAAGUUAAUACUUUGUAGCGCCACCUUUUGCUGCGAUUACAGCUGUAAGUCGCUUGGGGUAUGUCUCUAUCAGUUUUGCACAUCGAGAGACUGAAAUUGUUUCCCAUUCCUCCUUGCAAAACAGCUCGAGCUCAGUGAGGUUGGAUGGAGAGCAUUUGUGAACAGCAGUUUUCAGUUCUUUCCACAGAUUCUCGAUUGGAUUCAGGUCUGGACUUUGACUUGGCCAUUCUAACACCUGGAUAUGUUUAUUUUUUUAACCAUUCCAUUGUAGAUUUUGCUUUAUGUUUUGGAUCAUUGUCUUGUUGGAAGACAAGUCUCAGUCUCAGGUCUUUUGCAGACUCCAUCAGGUUUUCUUCCAGAAUGGUCCUGUAUUUGGCUCCAUCCAUCUUCCCAUCAAUUUUAACCAUCUUCCCUGUCCCUGCUGAAGAAAAGCAGGCCAAAACCAUGAUGCUGCCACCACCAUGUUUGACAGUGGGGAUGGUGUGUUCAGAGUGAUGCGCUGUGUUGCUUUUACGCUAAACAUAACAUUUUGCAUUUUUGCCAAAAAGUUCAAUUUUGGUUUCAUCUGACCAGAGCACCUUCUUCCACAUGUUUGGUGUGUCUCCCAGGUGGCGUGUGGCAAACUUUAAACGCCACUUUUUAUGGAUAUCUUUAAGAAAUGGCUUUCUUCUUGCCACUCUUCCAUAAAGGCCAGAUUUGUGAAAUAUACGACUGAUUGUUGUCCUAUGGACAGAGUCUCCCACCACAGCUGUAGAUCUCUGCAGUUUAUCCAGAGUGAUCAUGGGCCUCUUGGCUGCAUCUCUGAUCAGUCUUCUCCUUGUAUGAGCUGAAAAGUUGAGGGACGGCCAGGUCUUGGUAGAUUUGCAGUGGUCUGAUACUCCUUCCAUUUCAAUAUUAUCGCUUGCACAGUGCUCCUUGAUGUUUAAAGCUUGGGAAAUCUUUUUGUAUCCAAAUCCGGCUUUAAACUUCUUCACAACAGUAUCUCGGACCGGCCUGGUGUGUUCCUUGUUCUUCAUGAUGCUCUCUGCGCUUUUAACGGACCUCUGAGACUAUCACAGUGCAGGUGCAUUUAUAAGGAGACUUGAUUACACACAGGUGGAUUGUAUUUAUCAUCAUUAGUCAUUUAGGUCAACAUUGGAUCAUUCAGAGAUCCUCACUGAACUUCUGGAGAGAGUUUGCUGCACUGAAAGUAAAGUGGCUGAAUAAUUUUCCACGCCCAAUUUUUCAGUUUUUGAUUUGUUAAAGUUGGAUAUUUCAAAUAAAUGUUGUUCCACUUCA